AUGGUAGCAAGCGAGAACGCAGUUGGGUGGGGUGUCAGGUGGAGGGUUCGAAGGAAUUCUAUCAAACACCUUGCAAACACGUUAUCAGUAAGUGGGAAGAACGGCUCCUUGUUGGUGUUGAGUUUGGGUGGUGUUGUAGGAACUGUUGGGAGGGGAGUUUCAGAUUUGCUUGAGGUAGAGACCUUGUGGAGACGGGAUGCACGUGGAGGUGAUCUGGUGGAAUAUCUCCUGCCCAAAUGCUCUGAUCAUUCUCCUGCUUUAAUAUCCAUUGCUGAUGAUGGAAUGGAGGAGGGUAAAAAACCAUUCAAAUUCUUUAAUAUGUGGGUGAGGCAUUCUGAUUAUUUCUCAAUAGUUAAAUCUAUUUGGGAGCAAAAUGUUGAAGGCUACAAAAUGUUCAGUUUCCACACAAAGCUCAGAAAGCUGAAGUUUGCUUUAAAAAAUUUAAACAAAAAAUAUUUUAUGAACAUAAGUGUGCAGGUUUGCAGAGCAAAGGAAGAGCUAGAAGACACACAGAGGCAGCUUAGUAAUAAUCUUUUCAGCUCAGUCCUGAUUGCUGAAGAAAAAGAAUGCAUUAAGAGGUAUGACAGACUGCUUGAUUGUGGAUACUCUUUCUUUAAGAAAAAGCAAAUAUUAACUGGUGUUUGCAAGGGGAUAAGGGUUCCUACCCUAUCUCCUAAUCCAGAGGUUAUUGCAAAUGGUCCUCAUCUCACUACUGAUCAAAAGCUAAUGCUCAGCCUGCCUUUUACAAGAGAGGAAAUCAAGAAGGCUAUUUUUCUAUGUCAAAUGAUAAAAGCCCAGGACCUGAUGGAUAUAAUGCUUUCUUCUUCAAAGCCACAUGGGAAGUUAUUAGUGAUGAUUUAUUUCAAGCUGUUGAGGAAUUCUUUCCUUAAUCCUCAAUUUGCUUCAGACUACAGACCUAUAUCAUGCUGUAAUUGCAUAUAUAAAACCAUCUCUAAAGUCAUUGCUUCUAGGAUCCAAAAAGUUAUGGAUUCUUUGAUUAGUGAUGCCCAAAGUGCCUUCAUAAAGGGUAGGCUUAUAUCUAGCAAUAUCCUAUUGGCACAUGAAAUGGUUAAGUACUAUGGCAGGAAGCACACUUCCCCUAGAACAAUGUUGAAUAUUGAUUUGAGAAAAGCAUUCAAUACAAUCAAUUGGGACUUUAUCAGAGAAAUGCUGAAAGGCCUGUGA